AUGUUGAUUUCUGAAGACGAUCCGCUCGACCUGCACGGAAAAGUCGCUUUGGUUACUGGGGGAAAGCCUGAUACAGGAAUCGGGUACUGUCGUCAACUGUUGAGUGGCUCUAAACAUAGCAUGUUGGCAGGUCUAUGUGGCCGCUCCCGGGCAAUCAAGGAUGGGAGUGUGCAUUGGCUGAAGCUCGACCUUUCGGACCCACGUUUGGCUGUGAGCGCAGCGAAGGAGCUCAUGGAAAAGGAGGACUCGGAAAGACUGGAUAUCAUUGGUGCUCUUCCAUAUGUAAGCUAUUCAAUUCUGGCACGUUUCCGAGCCGAAAGUAACCGUAUCAGUGCACUCCCUAAAGACGGCUUGCUCGAUAUUAUGGUCAUCAAAUUCAGCUCCGGCAGACUCCCCUGCACACUUCUUGCGCCACCUCGAGCACUUUGA